AUGAAGAUGAAGAACCUUCUUGUGGACACACUGAAACAGACACCACUCCGAGAUCAGGCGAAAGGCUUGGAGCUCAAGCAAGAGGAGCAGCUGUUCGAGAUGCUUCAUAAAUUGUUGAUGGACCUUAGGUACUUGAUAGUUGUGGAUGAUUUGGACCAGGCCAGUCUCAUUAACAAGCUCUUGGUCCCAUUCGUGGACUCGAUGAAUGGAAGCAGAGUCAUUUUCAUUACUCCGAAUGCAGAAAUGCAAAAGUUUGCAGACCCUUGGACGCUUGAUCUCCAAUUACCCACUAACAUGACCGAUGAAGAGUGCAAGAAAUUGCUGCGGGUAAGCAUCACGGGAGAUGACGAUACGGAAUUGGAGAUGACGACCCCCGAGCAGAGAAUUUUGAGCAAGCGCAAUCGUUCUCCCCCAGCAAUCUCACUGCUAGGAGGACUUUUGUCAGCUGUGGAAGAGAGCAAUUGGGAGGCCCUCGUCCACCGGCUCGGAGAAUGUCCCACCCUCGAUGAUGUCACGUGCUUGAGCUUCGAUGCAUUGCCUUACAUGAUGAAGCUAUGUGUUCUCUGUAUGGCACUCUUUCCUAAGGAGUCCGAGGUCCCCACAAGGAGGCUUUUCCGGCAAUGGGCUGCUGAGGGGUUGUUGGCAGAGGUGGCUGACGGUUCGGUCCAGAUGCGGUCGGCGGAGGACUGUUUUCUCGAAUUAGAGAGCAGGAACUUUGUUCACGGGGUACAGCGGAGAUUGGACGGAAGUGCCCGAUCAUGUCGCAUGCCUGCUUUUCUUCAUGAAUUUUUCUCUCGGAAAGCAAAAGAAUCCAGACUCCUUCAGAUCCAGUACAGCUCCGGCUCUGUCUCAAAGGAAGAAUCAAGGGGCAGGGACCCCGAUGCCGGGCAGAGGGCCCCGUCACGUCACAUGCCUGCUUUUCUUCAUGAAUUUUUCUGUCCGGAAGCUAAAGAAUCCAGACUUCUUCAGAGCCAGCACAGCUGUGGCUCCGUCCCAUGUAAAGAAUCAAGGGGUAUGGAACCCGACGCCGAGCAGAGCGUCCAGAAUCAACACAAGCAAUCGCAAAACACAGCGACAGGACAUUAUGGUUAUAAAGCCCAAUUCCUUAAGUCUUUUGCAUCGUUUAACACCCGUAAGCUAGGGACGCAAGCGAGAGAAAUCGAAGAUCUUCCUAAAUCACCACUUCUAGACGGACGCCCAGACCUGCUGAGGGUAAUUGAUCUCGAGGGUGUUUACAAGCCUGUGCUUCCCAACGAAUUUGGGAAUACACUGUCGAACCUAAGGUAUUUGGGAUUGAGAUGGACGGCUCUGGAUUCGAUUCCGGAAUCAGUCGGGAAUCUGUUGCUCCUGGAAACAUUAGAUCUGAAGCACACCAACAUAACCAAACCCCAUGAUACGUGUGUUGGAGAAGUUGCGCAGCCUGAAGAAGCUGGCGGUGAUGUGCCGUCCCGGAGCUGUGGAGGCGGUGACCAAAUGCAUUCCGAACCUGGCCAGGCUCGAGUCCCUGAGAUUGAGAUCGAGGGACCUGCUCGGUCAACCUGCGAGCCUUGA